AAGACUCCCCAACGAAAACCAUAAUAAAGAAAUAAAAAACGUAAACUUUGCCAAAGUUUUUAUUUAUUUAUUUUCUCUUCUUCUUCUUUUUAACUCUCAUCACUCCCACGUAAGAAGGGAGAAGGAAGAAACCUUAAAACGUUUUAUUUCCACAACACGAAAAAACUCCCCCACACUUCUUCACUUUUCUUCUUCUUCUGAUUUCUAAAUUUUUCGUUUUUGGUAUGAGCCUGAACACAUUCAUUCCCCAUGAAAGUCGAAGCUUUUAUUCCCGCCGUUUUAUUGCUCUGUUUUGGGGUAAUGCUCGGUUUAAAGAGUUCGUGUGCGUUACAGAUGGGUAAAGAGUCGAGGAGUUACAUAAGUUGGGAAGAUUUGAGAGUUGUGGAAGAUGGGAGACCAGAGAGGAGUUUUAGCGUUAAGGAGGAUAAGAGUAACUCGGUGAACACAAACGCUAACGUCAACGCAAACGCAAAGAACGCGACGAGCCUGGAGAGAUUUAUUGUGGUUGAUAAGAACGGUAGAGGUGACUCUGUUACAGUUCAAGGAGCUGUUGAUAUGGUUCCUCGUUCCAAUUCUCAAAGAGUUAAGAUCUUUAUUCUUCCUGGGAUUUACAGGGAGAAGGUGACUGUGCCGAGAUCAAAACCGUACAUUUCGUUCAUAGGUAAUGAGAGUUAUGUGGAAGAGACGGUGAUUAGUUGGAGCGAUAAAGCUUCAGACCUCGAUAGCGAUGGUAAAGAACUCGGCACUUGCAGAACCGCCUCUGUUUCCAUUGAGUCUGAUUUCUUCUGCGCUACUGCCAUCACUUUUGAGAACACGGUGGUGGCAGAGGCGGGAGAAAAAGGGAAGCAAGGGGUGGCUUUGAAAGUAACAGGGGACAAAGCAGUGUUCUAUAAAGUUAGGGUUUUGGGAUCACAAGACACUCUUUUUGAUGAUAAUGGAUCUCACUACUUUUACCAAUCCUAUAUCCAAGGAGAUGUUGAUUUCAUCUUUGGCAACGGGAAGUCACUUUAUCAGGACUGUCAUAUCCACUCAACCGCAAAGAGGUAUGGCGCGAUCGCGGCUCAUCACAGAGACUCACCGACUGAAGAUACCGGGUUCUCGUUUGUGAACUGUGACAUCAAUGGUACUGGCAAGGUCUAUCUCGGAAGAGCUUGGGGUAAGUACUCGAGAACUGUUUAUUCCAACUGUUUCAUAGCUGAUAUUAUCACUCGAGUGGGCUGGAGUGACUGGCAAGACCCUGAGAGGCAAAGGACGGCGAUGUUUGGGGAGUACAAUUGCAGGGGAAGAGGGGCAGAGAGAGGAGGCCGAGCACCGUGGACGAAGACUCUUACCAGAAAUGAAGUGAAGCCUUUUCUGAGCAGAGAGUUCAUAUAUGGAGAUCAAUGGCUGAGACUCUAAAUCCGUUUUUUUAACCGGACAUAAAAAAAAAAGUCACAGUGGUCCAGCUAGCUAACAGGAGAUGAUGACCUAACGACACUCUAUUUUACAUUUGUAAUUAGUUUGAAUCUGAGCAGAGUGAUUUAGAAUCUGCAUGUUUUAACAAAUUCAAAAGCAAAUGAAACCCAGGUUUUGGUUCUAGAUAAACGAGAUUUCUUACACGCUGAUGCAAAGUGGUUUACAAGAAGUUUUGUGAAAAUAUGCAAAACACAAAUGGAUUUUUCCUUUUUUCCUAAUAACAUUGCAUAAAUAAAACCUAACAUAACCAGGUACAAAAUAAUCCUAUGCUUAGAUGAUCGGUUAAAACAAAUGCAACCACCAAAAUCAUGCCUCUUCAAUUUUCUAUACAACCUUUACCUACUCCUCUCUCCU